UAAAAAAAGGGCCAAUCAGUUUAAGUGGAGGAGUCUCGGCUCACGGGUCGUGAAAAUUGGACACGCGGGUUGGGUUCAUGACCAACAGAAGCAACGGGAGGCGAGGUUGAGUGUGCUCUUUGCGCGUCACUCAUCCCUCCUCCGAUUGAAGCGUCAAGCCUGGCUGGCAGAGCCUGCCCUCGCAGGAAGACAAGGGCCCAGUGUGCAAGCCAUUUCCUCUCCAUCUCACGCCAAGAGCGGUGGAGCCACGGAACGCGCCGCGCAGCUUCGCCAGAGGGACAGCAACUUCCCUCCCGCCCCGUCAGCGCCCGGCGCUCCCCCUUCCCAGCCAGCUCCGUGUUCUUUCACAGCAGCGGAUGUUCUUUCAUUCGAGCGUGCUGCGCAGGAAGAGAUGCCGCGCUGAAAACGACCAGAAACUAAGAUAUCGAGGGAUUCAUUUGGCGGAGUUGCUGGACCUGAAAUGGAAAACGGCAAUAACAGCAAACAAAGUCUCAAGGAUUAUGAAUUCGAGGCUUCUCAGCUCGGCUACCUGCUGGAUAAUCUCUCCAAUAUGACGCAAAGCGCUGUGAUGGAGUCAGAGCAGAGGUUCCCUGAGCCAUGCUGGGACUUCAGGAAACCAGAGAGCCAAAUACACAGGCAGGCCGAGCAAGCAAACCUGGCAAAACAAAAAGCCGAGUCAACGACACGGCCGUGGCCUACUCAGCUGAGCUCUGCAUGGGAUGCGCUCUCUGCCUCAGCUCUGCAUACCUUCCCCAGAUCGCGGCCUCUGCUGUGCGAAUCGAGCGUGGGGCGGCCCCGGGCGGCCAGCUGCGGCUGCUCGCUCAAUCGCAGGGCCCCCCCACCGACCCGGCCGGGGCCCGUGCCGCACGGCACCCUGCGCAGGGCCCUCCAGGCCGAGGAGCGGUGCAAUGACUUUGAGGCAGAGAACGCCACGCUGCACGCGGAGAACUCGCGGCUACAGCUGGAGCUGGCCACAGCGCACAUCCAGCUGUCGGCGCUGCAGGCACAUCUCGAGUCGCUGUGCGACCACACGCGUGAAUUCCUGCUCGCCCAGAUGGAGACGCUGCACGUGCCUAGGGACACUCUGGGACGCUGAUGCUGAUGCCGCUCUUCGCUCAUCUCCUUUUCCUGUCAGGGGGUCGACUGGCGAAUAUUUCCCAGCCGAAAGACACACGUGGUUUAAUUCUCACCGAGAGGAGUCCUUAUGGGCACUGUGACGAGGGUAACGGGAUAUGACGUGCAAAAGGUCAUACAAUGUAAUGUUAAAAAUAAGCUAGUCAUAUGGGUAAUUUACUAUUUUUAAUUUACUAUUUUUAUUAUUUUUAUUUUAACAGUUAAGGCCCACUGAGGUAUUAGUUCUUUUUUAGAAGCGAUUUGGCCAUAAAUAAUAGCUCAACGAAGUGGCUUAUCAAGUGCAAAUGUGUAGCAGCCAAAUAUUGUAAAGUCAUGUUUCUAAAUGUGGAGGGAAAAACCAGAAGACCGGGAGAAAAAUCCACAUGACCACGGGUAACCUUGCUAUUCAUAGCUCUCACCAUAGCAAUUACUUUCACCCAUGGUCAUGAAAAUGGUUGAUUGCACGAAUGCUGUGAAACUCCCCGUCGGCGUCGAGCAGGAGCAAUCCCCUGACUUGCCAGAAGAUGGCGGUACAGGAAGUGGACUAAUAAUUUAUUUCCAUCUAUACAGGGAUAAUGUUUCCCCCUCAAGUGCGUGGGUUUUCUCCAGGUGCCCGGGUUCAUGGCUUUUGUAUAAACACUCACAAAUUGUAUGAUUUUUUUUAUUGGAUCCAUUGCAUAUCCAAUGGUUACAGACGAGAGGACACUGGCUGAAAUCUUCUCAAAAUAAAAAAACGCAUUGCAGGACCCUCCUGAAAAAAGAGUCCUACGAUUCAGGGUGGCGCUCCUGGACAAUUAAACAAAAUAAAGUAACUGCAGCAAAAACACUCACACUAACCUUAACACACACUCAAAUUAUAACUUUAAAAGCAAGUGGUGGGCAGCCAACCCGACGGUGGUUGGUUUUCCCUCAAUCAAAGGGCUGUCAGGUGAAAAUUAGCAUGUUAAUGAGAGAUUAGCAUGUUAAUGAGAGAUUAGCAUGUUAAUGAGAUAUUAGCAUGUUCAUGGAGGAUCGCAGAGCCGCAACCGAGGGGUCGGUGCGCGAAGAGGCUGUGUUAGUGUGAAACCUGUGAAAGCGCAAGUUUGAAAUGGGCGUGAAGCACAACUAACAUUGGAAGGUGGUAGGAUAGAAACAUCAUAGCCAGUUAUGGAGGUGGAAAAGGACAGCAAGCAACCAUUCUUGGAUGUUCUAAUCAAAAAGAGACCAGGUGGCUCAAUAGGAGACUCUUUCUACAUGAAAGCCACCCAUACGGAUGCAUAUCUAAAACCUGACUCCCACCACCAUCCAUCCCAGAAGAAUUCCCUCAUCAAAACUCUAUACCAUAGAGGUCGAUGUAUUUCCGACCGUCAUCACCUA